CCCGCGCGUGAUUUUCCUCCCACCGUCCCACCGUUAUGUUGCACCAGAUAUAUCGGAUGUAUCACAACAACAAAAAAUGUAUCACUUCGUUUCGUGACCCCGGCCAAAAAUAAAAACAUGACAGAAAAUAAUAUAUACUGCCUUUCUCGGCACGAGUUUUAUGUGAAUUUUGUGUGGAGGGAAACCAUACGGAGACCAACGUACCUUGUGCCGAUUUGUCCAGUGGAAUCGCUUGUGCUUUCAGGCGCUGAUCGAUUACGUACAACAUCUCGCAGCCCAGAUUCAGGAUUAUAAACAGAAUUUGUCAAAAUGGUUCUUGACGCCCACGACAUUUACCUAACCCUAUGGAGGCACAUUGUAAUCAGUGGCCAGUCGGAAGAGGUUGCAAGAGGACUUAAGGCCUGCACCGCAGACAGUGAGAUCAUAUCGUUUGUACGUCGAGUUGCAGAUGAUAGCAUUGGUGAGCCAUUUGAACUGAAGGAAUUGCAAGGUGAUGGCAAAAAUGAAGCUAAAGCCAUAGAAUGUCGAAAACUUGGAAACGAAAAAUUUCAUCCUAAGAUUAAGGAAUACGUUAAAGCUAUUGCGUACUACAACGAAAGUAUAGCAUUGAGUAAAGAUGGCUCCGAAACAUUGGCUAUUGCAUAUGCAAACCGAUCGGCUGUGUGCUAUGAGUUGAAAGAAUAUACUGAUUGUUUGCAAAACAUUCGAUUGGCUCGAGAAAAUUCCUAUCCGGAACAAUUACUUUUCAAACUCGACAAUCGAGAAAAAGACUGCCUCAAACGUUUAGCUGAAAAUGAUCAUAAACAGUUGGAAAAGGAUGAUGUGCCGCGAAAACCAAAGCUGAGCUACAAACCAAAUCCUAAACUUCCACACAUAUCUGAUUGUCUCGAGCUGAAAGAAGAUGACCAAUUUGGAAGAUAUUUGGUAACCAAUCGAAAUCUUAGCGCGGGAGACAUCGUGAUAGAAGAAACUCCGUUUUCUUCACUGCUCGUCAGCGAUCGACGAUAUAUGAAUUGCGAUUAUUGCCACGAUGAUCAAUUCCUAACACUCAUACCUUGCAAAUCUUGUACCGUAACGAUGUUCUGCUCUACAAACUGUCAGCAUAAAGCAAUGGAUACCUAUCAUCGAAUCGAGUGUUCCGUGAUUAAGGACAUGCAAUCUCUGUUCACCAAAGUAAUUUUGAUGGCACUGAGGACAACGACGACCGCCAUUAGUACAUUUGAUUAUAAUCUCGAAGAGCUUCGACUGCACGUGGAAUCUAUCGACGAGAAAUCUUUGAACCCGUUCAAAUUGAAUUGGACCAAUAUAGAUUCAAAGCAAGUCUAUAGUACCAUCCACAUUUUAGCCACCAACCAAAGCUUGCGUAGUGCCAGCGAUCUCGUACAGCGUUCCGUUUAUGCCAUAAUCAUGAGUGAACUUCUGUUUCGAAACACUGAGCUUGGUAAACUCUGCGAUAAUAAUGAAUCUCAUGACCUAAUUCGGACGUUGCUGUUUCGUCACGCGCAAACGUCUCCUGUGAACAUGCAUUCGAUAAUGUUUAUGGAUUACACGCCGAAAGAAAACGAGAAGUACUCACAACUCAACCUAGGCUGCGGCUCUUUUCCCAUUCUGAGCAUGAUCAAUCACUCAUGCGCUCCGAAUCUCGUGCGGAUGACCUUGCCGAAUGGAAACGUGGUGGCCCUGGUCAAUCGACCAAUUAAAAAAGGUGGCCAGCUGUUCGAUAAUUAUGGAUACCAUCAUUGCUUGGAAUCGCUAGACGAGCGUCAAAGUGGUCUUCUUGGUCAAUACUGUUUCCGUUGCCAGUGCGAGGCAUGCAAACUGAAUUACCCGUUGUUUGUAAAUUUACCGCAUGCAAAAUUUCCUCCCAGCGUGAAGCCUCCCAUCGACUACGACGAGAUGGAUCGUCUAGCCGAACACGAUAUGGCAACAGCGCUACGUAAAAUUCCCGAAUAUUGCCGAUUUCUCAACAUGUUCGAUUCUCAGUAUCCCAAUUACGAAGUGAGUUCUGUGCAGGAGGCAUUACUGAGAUGCUAUCAAAUAGUUUUUUCCAAACAAUCUCGAAAGGUUAGAUAUAAAGAUCUAUGCUCUCUAUAAAUGAAUCAUUUUUGUAGUUUUAAUAUGUUCUUACUUCUGUAAGCGAUUCUAUUGUUACAAUAAAUAAAAGCUGUCUCGUA